CUUCAAUUUGAUUACAGAGCACCUUUUCUCAAUAUUAAUGUAAAUAAAAAGUGAAAUUAUGUGAAAUAGAGCAUUCAAUUUAUUGACUCCAAAGGUAAAACAAUCUUUUCAUCCUUGGAACUAGAAAAAAAACUAAACGGUCGGUAGCCCCGUAGCUGAUAGCUUUCGCUUUUAUAUUCAGCGCUUUUUGCCAAACAGCUAAACACAGAAGCGAAAGCAACUCUCUCUCUGAUCGAAUCGACAAAACACGUGUGGAUCAUCUGCGCAUAAUUUUGUUUAUUUAGUUUCUUGAUAAUAGCAUAUUUCCGUAGAGAAAAAUUGAAAAUUCUUCAACAUUUUUGCUAUUUCAUAUUUCGUAAAACGAACCAUAAAAAGCUUAGCUUGGAUAAUUUUGAAAAAAGGUCAAAAUCAAAUAUUCAAAAAACAGAGAAAGUUAUGGAAAAAUGAAACAGUAAUAACGGAUAUAGUUGAGUUCAUUUCGUUUUUCCUCUGCAUGACAAUCAUUAUUCGCAAAUCAAUUUGGAAGUUUUGGAACACUUAGAGGAAUCUCCAUUCAUAAAAAUGGAUUGCUCUGAUGACAGUGAUUAUAACGUACAUGAAUAUGUAAAGCCAGAUAGAAUAAGAGAACCCGUUAACGAUGAUACAGCAGAUUUGUUGGGAAAUUUUGAUGACCAAAAGCGUCGAGAAAUCACAGAUGGUAUCUAUAAUAGUAGAGAAAGUAGUGAUCUUGAUGAGAAUAUAUUUGAUGAAUAUAGUGAAAAAAAUAAAAGUCAAUUAACAAGUGAUGCAGAAGAAGAUGCGGGGAUAAAGGAAGAAAAUGUCUUUUCGAAUGAACACUUACCUACAAAUGCAAGUGACGUACUUUGUAAUUCAAAUAGAGUAGCCAGCAAACUGUUGUCGAAAGAGCAAUUAACUCAGCUGAUGCGUGGAACAUCAAAAGCCAACCGCUACGUUUUGUAUGUAACUAAUUUGGACUUUGACACAAGUAAAACAGAUUUAUUGGAACAUUUUGGCAAAAUAGGGUCAGUACGUACAGUUCGUAUACCUAAGAAUCGUCGUGGCGGAUUCGCCUUUGUAGAAAUGGAUGACCUAGAAGGUUACCAAAGAGGAUUUAGUUUGCAUAAUAGCGAACUGCAAGGACGUCGCAUCAAAGUCCAAUUUUCAGAAGGCGGCAAAAAAAAAUCAGCGAAUAAAAAGAAUAUUUUAAAACAAAAAAAUCGCAAAUUAGCUGAAAUGCGUAACGAACGGAAAGCAUUCACAAAAAGCGGUAAAUUCUACGAUAAAACGAUCAAAAAGGAGAAAUCUUCUGAGCUAUUGUUAAGAAAGAGAUGGCGACGCAAUAAGACAUAAAAGAUACUAAAUUGACAAAAACUAUUUAUUACAGUUUAUUUCAUUUUA